CGCACAGCGCUCGGAGCGCUCCUGCGGGAACCUUUGCGGGGCUCUCGGCAGCCGGUGGCGCCGAACGCGAGCCGGAACGCCGGUGCAGCCGCUGCGUGCGGAGGAUCCGGGCUGCGCAGGGAACGGGGCCGCAACGUCCGGACUGGACGGAGACUGUGCUUAGCGCAUUGCGGCGACCUCGCCUUUCCCGGCCGCGAGCGCGCGCCGCAGCUGGAAAAGCAGCGGAGACCGAGGACUUUUCUCAGGUCCCAGGGGCGCACCACAGCCGUGCUGCAGUCAAUGCCCGCCGUAGCCCCCGGAGGGGCGAUGGAACUCGGGCUACCAGAAGCCUGAGACGCCGCCGCCGCCGCGUACUGGAGAGCGGGGGGCGCACGAUCUGGGGACCCCCGGCGGCGGACCCGAGCCCUCCCCCCCGCCCCGCCUCCGGGGCACCAGCUUCGGCUCCAUUGUUCCCGCCCGGGCUGGAGGCUCCCGGCUCCGAGUGCCGCCGGGAGUCGUGCCUGGGCCGCGGAGCUCUCGAGACCCCACCAGGACCUGAACGGAUCCCAGGGACGAGCUGCCGGAGCGCAAGACACAGACACCCGCCGCGCCACGGCGAGCUCUCCAGAGGCGGGACCGCAGCGCCAAGUGAGAGUCAGCUUGCGAAGGCAGAUCCCGCUCACCGCAGCGGCAGAGUAUCCAUGGAGGUGCGGAGCCUUGUUACCAACCUCUAACUGCAGAACUGGGAUGUGGGGCUGGAGGGGCCUCCUCUUCUGGGCUGUGCUGGUCACAGCCACUCUCUGCACUGCCAGACCAGCCCCAACCUUGCCCGAACAAGCUCAGCCCUGGGGAGUCCCUGUGGAAGUGGAGUCUCUCCUGGUCCACCCUGGUGACCUGCUACAGCUUCGCUGCCGGCUGCGCGAUGAUGUGCAGAGCAUCAACUGGCUGCGGGAUGGGGUGCAGCUGGCGGAGAGUAACCGUACACGCAUCACAGGGGAGGAGGUAGAGGUGCGGGAUUCCAUCCCCGCUGACUCUGGCCUCUACGCUUGUGUGACCAGCAGCCCCUCUGGCAGCGAUACCACCUACUUCUCCGUCAAUGUCUCAGAUGCACUGCCAUCCUCGGAGGAUGAUGACGAUGACGAUGACUCCUCCUCAGAGGAGAAAGAGACAGACAACACCAAACCAAACCGUAGGCCUGUGGCGCCAUACUGGACAUCCCCAGAGAAAAUGGAGAAGAAACUGCACGCGGUGCCAGCUGCCAAGACGGUGAAGUUCAAAUGCCCGUCGAGCGGGACACCCAGCCCCACUUUGCGCUGGUUGAAAAACGGCAAGGAAUUCAAACCUGACCACCGGAUCGGAGGCUACAAGGUUCGUUACGCCACUUGGAGCAUCAUAAUGGACUCUGUGGUGCCUUCUGACAAGGGCAACUACACCUGCAUCGUGGAGAACGAGUAUGGGAGCAUUAACCACACCUACCAGCUAGACGUUGUGGAGCGAUCCCCUCACCGGCCCAUCCUUCAGGCAGGGCUACCGGCCAACAAGACUGUGGCCCUGGGCAGCAACGUGGAGUUCAUGUGCAAGGUGUACAGUGAUCCCCAGCCUCACAUCCAGUGGCUGAAGCACAUCGAGGUGAAUGGGAGUAAGAUCGGCCCAGACAACUUGCCGUAUGUCCAGAUCCUGAAGACUGCUGGAGUUAAUACCACCGACAAGGAAAUGGAGGUGCUUCAUCUACGGAAUGUCUCCUUUGAGGAUGCGGGGGAGUAUACGUGCUUGGCGGGUAACUCUAUCGGACUCUCCCAUCACUCUGCAUGGUUGACCGUUCUGGAAGCCCUGGAAGAGAGACCAGCCGUGAUGACCUCACCUCUGUACCUGGAAAUCAUUAUCUACUGCACCGGGGCCUUCCUGAUCUCCUGUAUGGUGGGCUCCGUCAUCAUCUACAAGAUGAAGAGCGGCACCAAGAAGAGCGACUUCCAUAGCCAGAUGGCUGUGCAUAAGCUGGCUAAGAGCAUCCCUCUGCGCAGACAGGUAACAGUGUCAGCUGACUCCAGCGCUUCCAUGAACUCUGGGGUUCUCCUGGUUCGGCCUUCGCGACUCUCCUCCAGCGGAACCCCCAUGCUAGCGGGCGUCUCUGAAUAUGAGCUCCCUGAAGAUCCCCGCUGGGAGCUGCCCCGAGACAGACUGGUCUUAGGAAAACCGCUUGGCGAGGGCUGCUUCGGGCAGGUGGUGUUGGCCGAAGCCAUCGGUCUGGAUAAGGACAAACCCAACCGCGUGACCAAAGUGGCCGUGAAGAUGUUGAAGUCUGAUGCGACAGAGAAGGACCUGUCGGACCUGAUCUCGGAGAUGGAGAUGAUGAAAAUGAUCGGGAAGCACAAGAAUAUCAUCAACCUGCUGGGGGCAUGCACACAGGAUGGUCCUCUCUAUGUCAUCGUGGAGUAUGCCUCCAAAGGCAAUCUUCGGGAGUAUCUGCAGGCCCGGAGGCCUCCUGGGCUGGAGUAUUGCUACAACCCCAGUCACAACCCUGAGGAACAGCUGUCUUCCAAAGAUCUGGUGUCCUGUGCCUAUCAGGUGGCCCGGGGCAUGGAGUAUCUUGCCUCGAAGAAGUGUAUACACCGAGACCUGGCUGCUAGGAAUGUCCUGGUGACAGAGGAUAAUGUCAUGAAGAUCGCAGACUUUGGCCUAGCUCGAGACAUUCACCAUAUCGACUACUAUAAGAAAACCACCAAUGGCCGGCUGCCUGUGAAGUGGAUGGCACCUGAGGCAUUGUUUGACCGGAUCUACACCCACCAGAGUGAUGUGUGGUCUUUUGGGGUGCUCUUGUGGGAGAUCUUCACUCUGGGUGGUUCCCCAUACCCCGGUGUGCCUGUGGAAGAACUUUUCAAGCUGCUGAAAGAGGGUCAUCGAAUGGACAAGCCCAGUAACUGUACCAAUGAGCUGUACAUGAUGAUGCGGGACUGCUGGCACGCAGUGCCCUCUCAGAGACCUACUUUCAAGCAGUUGGUGGAAGACCUGGACCGCAUUGUGGCCUUGACCUCCAACCAGGAGUAUCUGGACCUGUCCAUGCCGCUGGACCAGUACUCGCCCAGCUUCCCAGACACACGGAGCUCUACCUGCUCUUCAGGGGAGGACUCUGUCUUCUCUCAUGAGCCAUUACCUGAGGAGCCCUGUCUGCCCCGACACCCCACCCAGCUUGCAAAUGGUGGACUCAAACGGCGCUGACGACCAACCUUCCCCAGCCUUCCCCCAUUCCGUCAUCACCCGUGCCCCUCACCUGCAACUCCCCGUUGGACACAAUGUCUUUCUCCUUCUCCUUUGUGGCUGGCAAGAGCCAGUGCCUGACUGAGGCCUUCCUGUGUGGCCUACCCUUCCAUCACCCCCAAGACCCCUCUCUUCCUCUUCUUAGCCUGCUGUGCGAGAGAGGAGCCAAGAGGCAGGUACUUGCUGGUGGCCACUUCCUCCUUCCCAAGUGUUGGACCAAGACCCACCCUGCUGCCUGGCACUGCUGGGAGAUCUCCAGAGUGGAAGCAAGUGGCAUAGGCGUGCAAGCAAGAGCUUCCUGGGUGUUCUUGUUGACCCAUCAGCCCUUUGUGUUCUGGUGGCAGGGGCCUUGGGGCUCCUGAAGCAGUGAGGUUUCUGUUUAGGCCUUAACCGAAGGCGGGGCAACCUCUCCUCCAGAUGGACGGUACCAGUAGCUUCUUAAUUCCAAUACUAAUUUGCUUUGCUGACCAAAUACCUGGUACCAGAAGACAGGGAGUCAGAGGUUGGGAGCAGGGAUGUGCCCUUGGGCUGAGCCCUAGACUUGCGGGCUCUGUACAUAGCUAUGAAGAAAACACAAAGUGUAUAAAUCUGAGUAUAUAUUUACAUGUCUUUCUAAAAGGGUCGUGACUAGAGAUUUACCCGUCGGGUGAGAUGCUCCUGGUGGCUGGACCUGAGGCAUCAGUAGCUAUAUAUUAAAAACAAACAAACAAACAAAAAAAAGAGGAAAAUGUUUUUUAAAAGGUCAUAUAUUUUUUGCUACUUUUGCUGUUUUAUUUUUUUAAAUUAUGUUUUAAACCUAUUUUCAGUUUAGGUUUCCCUCAAUAAAAAUUGCUGCUGCUUCAUUUUUA